AUGGGUAUCCUUGCAUUGGUCGAGGAUCGACCGACCCCCAAGGCCGUGUACAACUGGAGGAUUUACCUUCUGGCGGCUGUGGCGUCCUGUACCUCUUGUAUGAUCGGUUAUGAUAGCGCCUUCAUCGGUACCACCUUGGCCUUGCAGUCCUUCAAGGAUGAAUUCAAAUUUGAUACCAUGUCCAAGAGCGCCCAGGAUUUGCUCAGCGCCAACAUCGUCUCCCUCUACCAGGCUGGUGCCUUCUUUGGUGCUUUCUUCGGUUAUCCUCUUGGCCACUUCUGGGGUCGCAGGAACGCUCUUAUGAUUGCCGCUACAGUCUUCAUUCUCGGUGCUGGUCUCAUGCUGGGUGCCAAUGGCGACCGUGGCUUGGGCUUGAUCUACGCUGGUCGUGUUCUGGCUGGUCUCGGUGUUGGUGCUGGCUCCAACAUUACCCCUAUCUACAUUUCUGAAUUGUCUCCUCCCGCUAUCCGUGGUAGACUCGUCGGUGUGUACGAGCUUGGUUGGCAAGUUGGCGGCCUGGUUGGUUUCUGGAUCAACUACGGUGUUGACUCGACCAUGGCACCUAGCCACAAGCAGUGGCUCAUUCCCUUCGCCAUCCAGUUGAUUCCUGCUGGUCUCCUGCUCAUCGGUGGAGCGUUCAUUCGUGAAUCACCUCGUUGGCUGUUCGCCCAGGGCCACCGCGAGAAGGCUAUCAACAACUUGUGCUGGAUUCGUCAACUGCCCGAGGACGAUAUCUAUAUUAUUGAGGAGAUCGGCGCCAUUGACCAAGCCUUGGAAGAGCAGCGCUCGACCAUUGGCCUUGGAUUCUGGAAGCCAUUCCGGGCUGCUUACAGCAACAAGAAAGUCAUGUACCGCCUGUUCCUUGGAAGCAUGCUGUUCUUCUGGCAGAAUGGGUCUGGUAUCAACGCCAUCAACUACUACUCCCCGACCGUCUUCAAGAGUAUUGGUGUCACUGGUGCCAACACUAGCAUGCUUACCACUGGUAUCUUCGGUGUCGUUAAGACUUGUGUCACCUUUGUCUGGCUUCUGUACCUGAUUGACCGCGUUGGUCGUCGCAACCUGCUUCUGAUCGGUGCCCUCGGCGGUUCCGUCUGUCUCUGGAUUGUUGGUGCAUACAUCAAGAUCGCCGACCCAGCCAAUAACCCCAAGACCCACAUGGAUGGUGGCGGUAUUGCAGCCAUGUUCUUCUUCUACCUGUGGACCGUCUUCUACACCCCGACCUGGAACGGUACCCCCUGGGUUCUCAACUCGGAAAUGUUCGACCCCAACAUGCGAUCUCUCGCUCAGGCCUGUGCUGCUGCAUCCAACUGGCUCUGGAACUUCCUCAUCUCCCGCUUCACACCCCAGAUGUUCGCCAAGAUGGACUACGGAGUCUACUUCUUCUUCGCCUCUCUCAUGCUCUGCUCCAUUGUUUUCGUGUACUUCCUCAUCCCCGAGACCAAGGGUGUUCCCCUCGAGAGCAUGGACCAACUCUUCGCAAUCAAGCCGAUCCGCAAGGCCCACUCCCAGAUCAUCUCCAAGCUGCGCGAGGACGAGGAGCAGUUCCGUCACGAGAUCGAGGAUUCUGGUCUCGCUGCCAGCAAGGGUGGUGCCGAGCAUGCCGAGCAGGUCGAGAACACCGCUGUCGAGUCAAAGUACGCUUGA